UGACUUCUGUUUACAUCUAAAGACUGAUAAGUGAUAACCAAAAGCAGACGAUUUUUCUUGACGAUUAUCAAAUUGUUAUGAAUUUUCAAUUUGCAUAGUUUUAAUUUUUACUAAAUUUCGUAACAUUUGAAUUUAGAAAGUUAUUAGUAUUGUUUUGUCGUUAAAUGUAUUUUUAGUAAAAUGGUAUUUUUUUUUACAAGUAACGUGGUAUCGCCACAGGUUACUCUGUUUAUGGGUGCCGACAAACAUGAAAAUGAAGACUUGAUUAAAUGGGGUUGGCCAGAAGAUGUUUGGUUUCAUGUUGACAAAGUCUCAUCAGCUCACGUGUAUCUCAGGUUAUCGGCGUUCUUUCAGGGUCAAACUAUAGAUGAUAUACCCAAUUCCGUACUUGAUGAUGCAUGUCAACUAGUUAAGGCUAACUCCAUUAUGGGCAAUAAAAUGAAUGAUAUAGAUAUUGUGUACACAAUGUGGUCAAAUUUGAAGAAAACCCCUAGCAUGGAGGUAGGCCAAGUUGCAUUUCACAAAGAUAAAGACGUCAGAAAAGUUAGAGUGGCUAAAAGAUGUAAUGAUAUAAUUAAUAGACUCAACAAGACUAAGAAAGAAGCAUUUCCUGACCUUAGACAAGAAAGAGAAACAAGAGAUAGAUCAGAGAGGGAAGACAAAAAGAAAGUUUUGAGAGAAAAGAAAGAAAAGGAAAAAGAAGAAGAGAAGCGGAAGAAAGAUGAAGCAGAGCUUAAAAGUUACUCUACAUUAAUGAAACCUGAAAAUAUGACAACAAAUUAUGAUGGCAAUGAUUCUGAUGACUUUAUGUAGAACUUUCUUACUUCCUCUACCGAUUCUUGAUUUUAAUAAAUUAUUGCUAACUGAAAUAAUUUCCUUCCUGUCUCAGUUCUUGAGCAUCCUUUUUAUGCAGUUUUGUGAGUGUGAAUUAUUUAUAAGCUUUGUCAUUCUGGAGAUAGACGUUGAAUGAUGUAAUUUAAUUUAAAAAAGCAAUACAUUUUUGUAUUCAUAGAAAUGAGGCUCAUUUUGGGCAAUUAUAUUUUAACCAACAUAUGUUUCAUUUUAUUUGCCCUAUUUUUUAAAGAGAUCCUCACAAUUACUUUAUCAAUAGAUGCUAUUAAAGUUCAGGUGUAAUUUUUU